CCAAACGCUCGAUUCUGUAACAGCUUAUUAAAAUGGGCUCGUCAGAAUGCCGAAUGAAAAAGAUCGCCUCUGUCUCGGAGUGAGUUACUGGGUGCAUGUUUUGACAAAAAACUACAGUUGCUUCUCAAUAAGCGCCUGAGAAUCCUAGUCUUUUUAGCCUGCCAUCGUCUAGCUUGCGGACUGCUGUACCAUAAACAAGUUUACGCUGUUUAGGACAGCAACUGCAAGUUUGACGCUAGAAAACGUUCGCGUGCGCGCUCUCGCAGUUUUGUUCACAUUGAUUGGCAGCGUUUUGUCGCGUUGCGUUGUGCCGUGCCUCUAUAGUUUGCGCCGGGGACGGUGCGUUUACAUGCAGGGGAAUGAGGAAGCCUUCAGACAUGAGUCCGCGCCGCCUGUCAGAUAUCAGUCCUCAGAUCAGACAGCUGAAAUCCCUCGUCACUGAUGAUGAAGAUCUGAGUGAAGAACUGAAGUCAUCGAGAUCGGUCGAGUACAUCAACAACGCAUCCAUAGAAGAGCGGAUCCUGAGGAUCACUGGUUACUAUGGCUAUGAGCCCUGGAACGCAUCUCUUAGAGGAGAUGACCAGUCCAACAGCGAGAAGGUGGAAGUGAAGGUAGAUGGCCACUGUGCCACAGAAACAGUCAAAUCAGAUUGCGAGAACAGGCUGCAGAGGCUUCGCUGCUGUUUGCAUAUGACCGCAGUCCACCUGCGCAGAGCACUGUGGGGGGUUGCCGUGGUGCUCUGCAUCUGUGUUUCUUGGACAGGCUGCACUCAGUUGGCCAAGAUAACCGUCAGGCGCUUGAAUGUCCCGUUCACCCUCACUUGGUUCUCCAGCUCCUGGAACUGUGCCAUCUUCCCUCUUUACUACCUGGGUCACCUGUGCUGCAGCAAGGACAGACAGACUCCCAGACAGCGCUUCAGAGAGUGUUGUCAGUUCUUGGGCGAUGAUGGGCUGUCCCUGAGGAUGCUGCUCUCUCGCGUGGCUCCUUUUGGGGUGCUGUGGACUCUCACCAGCUACCUGUACCUGCAAGGCCUUCGCAGAAUCCCUGCCACUGAUGCCUGUGCCCUUUUCUGCUGUAGUCGUGCCUUUGUCUUCCUAAUAUCCUGGAUUGUCCUGCGGGAUCGCUUUAUGGGAGUGCGGAUUGUGGCAGCCAUUUUAGCCAUUGGGGGCAUUGUUAUGAUGACAUAUGCCGAUGGUUUCCACAGCUAUUCUGUGAUAGGCAUCUCCCUUGUGGUUGGUUCUGCAUCAACAGCAGCUAUAUACAAAGUUCUGUUUAAGCUUGUUCUGGGUAGCGCAAAGCUGGGUGAAGCAGCUGUGUAUCUUACGGUCCUCGGUGGAGCUAAUUUUGUCUUCAUUAGCGCUGUCCCUCUGAUCCUGCUUCUCAUGGGGGCCGAGGACUUUGUUUCACCUCGAGAUUUGCCAUGGCCAAGCAUCUGUGGCAUGUCCGCUCUUCUGCUGGUGUUCAACUUCCUCUUGAAUUUUGGUGUUUUGAUAACACUCCCUACUCUGAUUUCUCUGGGCGUCAUCCUAAGUGUGCCUCUCAAUGCUGUCAUAGAUCGCUACAUGUGUGAGAUCCAGCUCAACAGUGUACGCAUCAUUGCGGUGUCCAUCAUUUGUUUGGGCUUCCUUUUGCUCUUACUGCCUGAAGACUGGGACCAGUGUCUGUCACAGUUACGAUCAAUGCUCUACAACCGAGAAGAGCCACAAGAGAGCGCCAGAGACAAACACUCAGAAACUCUCCACAUCAGGCCGAGGGAGUCAAAGAACUGCAACUCCAAAACCACUCCCAGCAUCCACUGACUCCGCAUUUCAUUCAUUUCAAAAGCUCUCGACAGGCACCGCAUUACUCUCUUCCACAAUUAUGGGGCAAUUUAGAUGUACUGCAUAUCCAAAACUGAUUAGGUGGACGGAAGUUGCUCGAGAUGAGAAGGUUAUUCUAGAUGAUUUACAGUUAUUGAUGAGCAAGUUUGUGUUUCGAUUUAAAGUGCCAUUGUGUCAGAUUUGGAAAUGUGUAGGUUUGUAUGUUACUUUGUGGCUUCAUGUGUUGAAUGACGUAUGUUUGUAUAUUGCCAGUAUCUCCGCUGCUGACACGUGGUCACACUUACAGGUAUAACAUAAUACUCCUGAUAUCAGCUGUAAUCUGACACCGGUUCUCUAUACUCAGCAUAUGUAUUUGACAGUGAUAUGGCUUCGUAUAAUCUGAAAGCAAAGUUACACCCAUAGAUUCCUCCGAAAAAAUAUCUCGCAUUAUAUAUCUAUCAGUGGCAAUACUUGGUUCAUAUAUUCCUGUGGAAUUAAGGCUUAAUGUAAACCUUUGUAAGGAUUUUUGUUACUACUUAAUAGCAAUAAUAAAGAAUGAAUGUAUAUCCUUUGCAUAUUGUAGCAGUCUGUAAGAUAGAUGGAUUGAUGUACAUGUAUGCCUAAAGCAUUUAAAUUGACCAUUUAUUAAAUAAAAAAAAUUAACGAC